CGAGGUAAACACCCAAACAAAUGCAUGGACAUAGACUUACUUCUGUACCAGUUCCAGAGAAGAUGGUGGUCGUUGUGCUCACCUCUCUCACCUCAAGUAAACAUGUUCAACCUGAUGAGCAACUGCUGCACCUGGUUCUCCAAAAUAAUGGAACCGAUCAGGAAAGUGCAUAUUCUGGUGGUUGGUCUUGACAAAGCAGGAAAAACAUCCUCUAUCAGGGGGAUGUUAAGAGUCCCCCUCGGUGUGGAAGCUGGACCCACCCAUGGCUGCGUCCGGAGUGAGCUGAGAUUGGAGAACUAUCAGGUCACCUUGAUGGAUGUUGGGGGGUCAACAGAGUCGAGAGGAGCCUGGCGGCAGCUCUAUGGAAAGGUCCAUGGGAUUAUCUUUGUGGUGGACUCCAGUGACAGGCAGAGGAUCAAGGAGGUCAAGGAGGUUCUUGCUGACUUGCUGAAGCAACCAAGAGUGGCGGGAAAACCCAUAUUAGUGUUGGCCAACAAACAAGACAAAAUGAAUGCUUUGCUGGGAAGUGAGUUGAUUGAGAUUCUGUUACUGGAGCAGCUGGUCAACCAGAGCCGCUCUCUGUGCCAUAUUGAGCCUUGUUCUGCCUUAAUGGACCUGCGGCGCUGGUCGGACAGAAAGACUCAACGGGGCCUUCGCUGGUUGCUGCGUGCAGUUUGUCUGGAUUACCCUGAGCUGUGCACUCGCGUAGUCCAGGACAGCAAGACGCCUCCAGAACCAAGAGGGGGGGAAAAGCCCUGGAAAACAGAGAAAGUUCGCAGAAAAACCAAAGGGGAACGAAUGAAAUCCAGCAAGUCAGAUCUACGUCAGGUUCAUCGGCCAAAAGAAAAGGAGCAAAAGACAAAGAGUGAAGGAAAGCUGCAACCCAUUCGAAACAUACUGCAAAAGGAAACCUCUCUCAAAAAGAAGCUGAACACAAAGAAGAAGAAGAAGAAGCUGGUUCAGGAAAAGGAAGGCGAAAAGGACCAAAGAGAAGCAAAUGAGCAAGAGGAGGAAGAGGAGUGUGAUGGAAACGGAGGAGAGCGAGAACACUCUGGUCUCAGAGAGAAAGCCAGCAGUACCCUGAUUCCCCCCAAAAAAGGCAAAGCCAAGCGCAAAAAGAAAGUGAAAGAAGAGACUCUGGACGUGCAGGAAUCUCCGAACAAUGACGAGAAGCCGCCUCAAGCUGAAGGGGAAAAAAGGAGAAAGAAGAAAGUUGUCAAAGUAAAAAGGAAGAACAAGAUCAACACAGAGAAGCUGACUGAAGCGUACUCUCAACCUGUGGACCUGUCUGUAACCUUUGAUCUUUACCGAAAGGCCAUGCUGGCUGUGAGGGAACGUCAGCAACAGGGACAGUGAACAGUGUGAGGAUGAGGAGCGACAUGGCCACACUGCAUCCCUUCACUCCUGUUACAUCUUCAUCACCUUGUUUUCACUUCAGACAUCGGGUCAGAUCCCUGAACCUUUGGAGUGAAACUGCAAACUCCAAUGUGUAGUGAAGGGCAGGUCUGCAUAAUGAUGUAUUAAUAAUAUCAAAAUGAAGAUACACACAUUGAGGAUAAAUAUAUAGAUAACAAUGUAUACAUUUUCAGAAGUAAGAGAUGAAAAUGUGUCCCUGGCCAAAAUGUUGAAUGAGUUUUUUUUUAAAAUUAAUGUAUGCAGUUGUGAUUGUAAGAGAAGCAUCGUUUUUGAACUUUUUUGAACUGUAUCCCUUUUUUAUGUGAUUUGACCACUUUCCAGAAAUGUACACAGCAGGUGGAGUAAACAUUGUUGAUAAUAGAAAUACACAUGUUGUCACUAUAGGCAUAUUUGUGUUUACUUUGCAACAGCAGCAGGUAUUUUUCUAGAAAAUUAGGUAUACAUGCUCCAAGUUAUUUAGAUUUAAAAAAUACAACAAUAGUAUUUAUAUAUCAGCUGGGUUAUUGUGUUUCCCACUUGUUUUUUUAAAUUUUCUAAUAAUUCUCAGUCAGAUCUCAGCUAAAAUCUACUGAUCCCAAGACAUGCAGCCUUCCACUCAUCUUCUAAAAUCCAGACUUAACUUUCCGUCUCUGGAGAAACUCUGUAUUUACCAGAUGGCACAACAGAUUUGAGGAUUAGUGCAGCAGCUUCUCUCAAUAUUGACUGCACUGUCCUUGACAAAAGGCAGUUAGUUAAUCUGACUAAACAUAAACAUACCUUCUGUGGUAUUUUAAGUUUUUCUUGCAAAUGCAUCGUGGCAAAUAAAUAUGUCAACGCUUAAAGUGUCUCCGCUUCUCACUGGUGAAUUUGUGAAGAUAUUUCUACCUCGAAUAAUAUUUAAAUCUACAUGAUGUUUAAUUUGUAUGGUGUCGAACAAGCUAGUUUGUUCAAGGUUAUUGGCUAUAAAAAGUGAAAAAAAACUCGUAGCCCUUUUUAAUAAUACAGACUAUCCAGUCAAUAAUGAAGAAAUCACUAGCCAUUUUCCUUUUUGUUAUAGAAGAGCACAAACACCACCUGGGUUAAGGCAUUGAUUGUCAACACACUAAUGUUUAUUUAACUUGGCCUGUUUAAAAAAAACUCCUUCAGUCUUUAGUUGUGUGAAAUAACAAAAUGAUGCAUUAACUGAUAUAGAUUGUAUCUGAAUAUAUGUAUUUUAUAUUGAACUUUGUCAUUUAAAAAAUAAAUAAAUACAGAGCUACCAACUC